GUCGAGGUGUUCACUCCAGAUGUCGAGGCCAAGCUCAAGGCUAGGUUGCAUGCAGAGGAGUGGAGGACCGCCUUGUCGGAUGAGAUUGAGUCCCUUCUCUCAAAGGGGGCGAUUCGGAAGGUGACAGGGAAGGAGGCUUCUGAGUUGCAGAGGGAUCCGCGGAGUACUCUUCUCCAUGCUAAAGGGGUCUACACCGUCAAGCCAGGCAAACACCACAGCGACGGAAGGCCCCGCCAGCCCUUCCGACGGAAGGCACGAUUGGUGGCCUGCGGCAAUGAGUCGGCUUACACCGAUACGGCCGAUCUUUACGCAGCAGGCGUGGCAGGUGAUAUCCUGCGAGCGUCUCUCCUCCUCGCAGGAAGGGAGAAAUGGAAGGCCUACGGCACUGACGUGCACACAGCCUUCCUCCUGGCCUCGCUGGGCACUUCUCGCCGGUACCUCCUACGGCCCCCGGCCAUACUCCGGUCCCUAGGCUUGGUUCAAGAAACGGAAGUCUGGGAGGUGGGAAAGGCCAUCUACGGCCUUCGUGAAUCACCAC